GUCUUGGUUAUGGACCCCAGUGCAAGUCCAUUGGAAAAGGCAGCUACAACAAUGUAAUAGUCACCAGCAGUCCCAUGACAGUUCAAGAGCUGGGACCCGUUUCACUUCCUGCUAAUCAGGUUUCAACAGCAUGCAACAGCAUCAACCCUAGCUUACAGAGGUCUAUGGAUGUUUCCAGCCUGAGUCCUUCUCCAUCAGAUACAAGGUUGCUCUUGUCACAUGAAUCUCUGGCCUCUAUGACAUUAAGCUUGUCAGAAAGUCAGUCCACUUCGAGUGUUAAGCAAGAGUGGGCGCAUGGGUACAAGACACUUCCUUCUGUUGCUCCUGACCAAGGUUUUCAAAGCAGCAGUGAGCCUGGGGACUUACUAAAUUUUUCACCUGGAACAUCCGUGUCAGGUAACUUCAUAUCUAACUCAUUACUAUCCUACUUACAUGGCACAGAAAAUAAGCAUUCCUCUUACACUAGUCCUCACCAUUCCUCAGCCUGGUCUCAAUUAGCGUGCUCUAAAAAAAGAUCACUCUCUCUGUCUCCUCUGUCUGAUGGCAUUGGGAUUGACUUCAAUACAAUCAUCCAUACAUCCCCAACCUCUUUGGUGUCCUAUAUCAACAGUUCCAGGACAUCACCAGCAAAUGUCUCCCCACAGCCUGAGGUCUAUGGACAUUUUUUGAGAGUGAGAGGAAGCUGUAUGCCCCAAAAUUGCUCUAUUCCAUCUGCCCAGAAAGUCCUCCUCAUGUCUAAUGGCAAUGUCACCUUCUCAGGGUACACUGAUAAUGGGGCUGGCGAGUACCAGCGGAUGCAGCAGCUGAAGCAAGCCAGCUUGGAGAUGGGCGCUGCAAGUAACAUGGUGAUCCAGGUGGGCAUGCUGCCUGCAGACAACCAGGUGGUGGACAUCCUGAAAGAUGGACAGCUGGACAGCUAUUCGAGCCAUAUGGUUGACAUGCCUCUUCCACCCAUGCUACCACCACCUCCUUCUCAAGGGCCCCCACCACCAUACCACGCUCACCAGCACCGGCAUCCACACAACCUCCCCAGUUGUGUUCACCCAUUGGCUAUGGCUGUUUCUGCCCCGGGCUCCCUGCUUGAUGAAGACAGUGAGUCAGGCGAUUUCAAUGGCAAGUAUGGCUGUUGUUGGUUAGACUGUGGUGCACUGUACAACCAGCAAGAGGAACUUGUGUGGCACAUAGAGAAGAUUCAUAUAGACCAGAGGAAAGGAGAGGACUUUACUUGCUUCUGGGCAGGGUGUCCACGAAGGUACAAGCCAUUUAAUGCCCGUUAUAAACUGCUGAUUCACAUGAGAGUCCACUCAGGAGAGAAGCCAAACAAAUGCACAUUUGAGGGAUGCAAGAAAGCCUUUUCCAGACUAGAAAAUCUCAAAAUUCACUUAAGGAGCCAUACGGGUGAAAAGCCGUACCUUUGUCAGCACCCUGGCUGCCAGAAAGCAUUCAGCAACUCCAGUGACCGUGCCAAGCACCAGAGGACACACGUGGACACUAAACCUUAUGCAUGUCAGAUUCCAGGAUGUACAAAACGAUACACAGAUCCAAGCUCUCUGAGAAAACAUGUGAAAGCCCAUUCUUCCAAAGACCAACAAGUAAGGAAAAAGUUGCAAUCAAGCUCAGAGCUUGGCCUGGAUAUCCUGAAUGACUGCCUUGCAGUCCAGCCCCUCCAGCCAGCCCCAUCGCCACAUGAUGCUGCAGAUAAUACUUUGGGACACUCCCCAGGGCUUGCUCACAAUAUUUACCCAGCAGCCAUGUUUCCCAGCACACAGACAAGUGGAAGUGCACCAGCAUCUGGGGCACUGUCCUUGUCCCACACCAGCAGCCACCUUUCCCCAGGACAUAAUGUACAGGGUACUGCUGUCCAUCCUCUGCUCUCAGCUGUGGACUCAGAGAGGUUUGUUGCACCAGCUCCUUCUCCUCACCACAUCAGCACCCAGGGAAUUUCAGUUCCACACCACAUGAUGCAGAGACAGACGCCACAACCUCCCCACCUUCCACAGCCUGCAGGAAUGUCUCUAAAGACAUACCAGUCAGCAACAAACCCUUCUUUUCAACCAAAUAGCCUCCACAACCAAGGGUUAUAUGGGCAGCUUCAGACUUUCUGCCCUCCACAUUAUGCUGACACUCAGAAGAAUGUACAAGACAGUGUUUCUUGCAAUACAGUUCCUCCUUUUGAAGACUGCUUAGUUCCCACAUCAGUGGACCAGGCAGAACUUGACACUUUCCAUCAGACUUUUUCAACACACUCUGGUAUUGCAGUUUAUGACUUUCCAGCAGGGUCAGUAGGUAUCUUUGGUGAUUCAGCUCACAGCAUGCCAGAGGAUAGCAGUUUCCUACAAGUAAAUGCAGUGGAUCACUGUUCUAGCCAGCUUUCUUCUGUCUACACUGAAGGCUAAAGUAAUAUGAAUCUAGUCACAAGAACUUGUUAGCAUUUCACCUUGCUCUUCUGAUAUUUCUCUACAAAAUUUUUCUCUCCAUGAAACUGCCAUGUAUGUAUGGGGAUAUGGGUUGAUAUACAUACAAAAUGGAGAGGAAAAACCAGUCACCAAGCAUUCAUCAUGCAAUCAAGCAGUCAGCUGAGAAGGAGAAUGUUUGAAGAAUGCAAGCUUUGCCAAAACUUAGCAACUGUUUCUUUUCAUCUGUGGCACAGCAACUCUACUUUUUUUGUUCUUUUUUCUUUUUAAUCUCUUAAUUUCUCAAAGGGAAUUCACAGACUGAAUAAGAAAACUGCUUGUUGGCUGUAGUCCUUUCAAGAUGAAUGGGUGGACUUCUGAAGAGCACAGCUUUAGCAAAUUCCUGUUUAUCUUUUUUUUAUUUUUUUUUUUUAAAGAGGAAAAUAAGUAAACCAGAGCAUACUACAAACAUUUCAAAGGCACACAGAUUUUUGCACAACCUGUUCGCAUGUGAUGCUUCCAAAGUUAAAAACAUACCGGCAUCAAAAAGGGAGAGAAAUUAGACAUACAUCCUCGCAGUACCUUUUGAGGCUUUGGUGCAGCUCCUGUUUGGAGCCAAAGAUCAUUAGCACUGGAUUUCUUACAGACCUCAGUUUAGGUGUCUUUUUCUUCCCUCUGCAUUUUAACCCAUACAAUAUGGCCAUUGCUAUUUUUCCAAUAUUCCUUCUGACCCAGUGCUGUAUGAAGUGAAAAAGAAGGGUUAAAUGCACUACAUGAGAAGGUACAUAGACUUUGCCCAUAUUUAGCACAGCUGCUAGAUAAGAAAAAGUAUGCUUUAACUUUCUGUUGAUUUUUAAUUAUAUUGUAGAGCUUUAUUGCUAUAUAUGCUAUAGUAUUCUAUAAAAAGGCUUAAAAUAGACUGUAGAAAAGAUUAUUCCUUAAAUUCCACAGAUUUUUUUUAAAAGCAAUCUGUACUGAUUCAAUUAAAUUUUUGUUGCCCUAGCUUUUUUCAUUUUCAUAACACUUUUUCAGGAAGAAGAGCUACUUUUAAGUUUGCUAUGAUCCUUUUGGUUAUUUAAAAAUGUAAAAAUGAACUGGUCUGGUGGUUUUGAUUUUCCUAUUCAGUGUCAGGCUCUGGUCCUUAAAUUUAGUCCAGAAUGCAAGCUAAUGAGGUUGCUUUUUGUGAAAAGUAAAAGGGGAUGAGUUUAAAAUAGUAUUUUGCAGUGGACAUGUGUCAUCACUGUGAUCCUAUAUACCUUGGGAGCAACUCUUACAAGACUGAGGUUUUAGGUCGUUAAUUCCUGUCCAUCCAUUUUGUGGACUUCCUACUGUGUAGUGUUCAUUGCAAUAUUCAUAUAACUUGAUUUAAUAAG